GGAGGAUCAGUCAGGUGGCUGAGUAGGCGUGGCGUUGGCGCUAGGACCGUUCAGUUGUGAUCUAGACGCCGUCGUGAGCGAACGUGUAGCAUCUUCGUUCCCAGAGCUUACCUGCGCCGACAUUCCCACAGGUGCGACGCCUUCCAAUCCAGAAGACGAGGACCUCCCUUCUGCCCCUGCGUGACGCCCCUGCGACGAUGGAGCUUAGCGCCAAGGCUGAAGGCUAACAUAUUUAACAUACACUGCCGCGGCCACGUUGGUGAGCCCGGAGGAGAGAAUAGCGAGCGUGAAGGAACGAAAGACUUAGUUGUAUAGCCUCCCCUCAGAGGAGGAGGCCCGUGGGAACGUUUGGAAUAUAAGUGAUAGACGGUAUAAAGAUGCGACUUAGUGUGGUUAGAAUCGCCUGGUUGGCCUCCGUCGUGUUCCUGGCAGGACACCCCGUGCGGGCGCAAAGACCUGCCAGCCAACCGUCCAUCGCGGCGUCCGUCUUCAGCAGCGAGACGCUAACCCCGGGAACCGACGAGGAAUCUCUUGUUACGGAUUCUCUCUUGGACACGACCGAGGACCAGAAUGCUGAGACGACGGCGGUGACGGAGGGGCUGUUCACUUGGGGCGGACUCGUGGAUGAUGAGGAAGGAGCUGAAGGCGGGAGCGAGGUCGUCGAAGGCGAGACCCUCACCAAUGAACCUCCUACAGAGGAGACACCCUUGGCCGAGGCGACCGUGGCUGAAGAUCCUCUUGUGCCUGAAGAUGAGGAGUUGAAGGAGGAGGAGGAAGCCGUGAAGGUCACCAAGGACGAAGGUAUUCAAGACAAGGAGGCUGAGGAAGGUGUUACCGAGGCGGCGACCACAACGACAGCGGAAGCACAGGCUUAUGCUCCGUCUAGCAGUCUGCGCGUGUGUCCGGGCGUGUGCGUGGCGAACCGCAUCAGCCAGUACUGCGAAGCGACGCUCGACGUGAGCGAAUUCUGCCGCACCGGAUUGCGCUGUUGCGUGUCGGCGGAUCUGUUCUCCGACGUGGACACUCCGCCCAAGGAGUUCGUCUUGCUCAACCCGAAGCAACCCGAGCAGCAGUCCUCGUCUCCGCAAACAGAGGCGACGACGACGACGACCACCACCACCACCACCACGACGCAGCGCCCGACCACGACCACGACCCCUCCGCAGCCGACGACCGUGUUCACCCGCAGCCCCAAUGGCUCCGCGACUUCUGACGCGCUCAGCACGAUCCCUGUGGAGCGUCGGUGCCACGGCACGUGCGUCGCCUCCUUCUUCGGCUUCCUGUGCGACGAGAUCGACCGCUCGCGCGAGUGCCCCCGCGGAGGCAAGUGCUGCGUCACCAAGAGGCAUCGUACCAAGCCCACGCCUCCUGAGGGUCGUCCCCCACGACCGGAUCCUACAACCACGACGACCACGACGACCACCACGCCGCCUCCACCUCCUCCUCCCGCCUCCGACCCUGAGUAUGCUCUGCCGCUGUGCCCUGGGACGUGCUUGCCCUCCAUCGUGGCCUCCUUCUGCUCGCAGCCGUCCGUCAUCGUCGAGGCCUCCGGCUGCGACGAAGGACACUUCUGCUGCGACAACCGGGCGGAGGAAGUGACGCCUGCCAACGUCCCGCCGCCCCCCUCGCCUCCCCGGCGACCUCCCCCUCCCCCUCCAAGGCAGCCCCCUCCGGAGCGUCCUCCCGUCCCGCCCGCAUUCCAAACGCUAGCGUCGCUCUUCUCACGCCCACCGCCGCCCACCAGACCGCCUCAGCCGCGCCCGCCUCGCCCGACCCGCCCUCCCGCACCUCCUCCACCCCCACCGACGACCACCUCCACCACGACUACGACGACCACUACGACCACCACAACCACCACGCCGCCGCCGCCGACCGAGGCUCCCGACCUGCGCCCGGAGUGCCCCGGGACCUGCAUCCAGCCCUUCCUCUCCUUCACCUGCUUCGGCAACGCCGAGAUGACGGACGUGUUCAAGUGCAAGAAGGACAAGACGUCGUGCUGCUCGCCCAAGUCCGCCCUCAGGGAGCUCAUUCGCCACGACGAGUUCCACAACAUCGCCCGGAACGACACGGCUUGGCGACCGCCCUACGACCCUAAUUACCCGCAGCCGCCUUACGGGUCCCCGGGAUACGAGCAGCCCUACGACCCUGCUUAUGAGCGACCGCCCUACGAGCAGCCUCCUUACGAACAGCCUCCCUAUGAACAGCCGCCUUAUGAACAACCGCCCUAUGAACAGCCUCCCUAUGAACAGCCUCCUUAUGAACAGCCUUCUUAUGAACAGCCUCCUUACGAACAACCGGCAUAUGAACAGCCUCCCUAUGAACAGCCAUACGAACGCCCGGCCUUUGAACGCCCAGCCUACGAACAGCCUCCGUAUGAACAGCCGCCGUACAACAAGCCGUACCAACCUGAACAACCCUACGAGAGGCCGUACCCAGUAUCUAAUGUCACUCAAGCCACGCCAGUCAUCCGAACCACGAAGGCCCCGGCGAGGAGCAAGUACAUCUGCGGCUUGAAGGGCACCACCGGCAGGGAAGCUCGCGUGGUGGGAGGCGAGGACGCCCUCCCGGGAGAGUGGUGCUGGCAGGUGGCGCUCAUCAACUCGCUCAACCAGUACCUGUGCGGCGGGGCGCUCAUCGGCACUCAGUGGGUGCUCACGGCGGCCCACUGCGUCACCAACAUCGUCCGCUCCGGCGACGCCAUCUACGUGCGCGUCGGCGACCACGACCUGACGACCAAGUUCGGCUCGCCCGGUGCCCAAACCCUCCGCGUGGCCACCACCUACAUCCAUCAUAAUCACAAUUCUCAGACGCUCGACAACGACAUCGCGCUCCUGAAGCUUUCGGGCCACGCCGAGCUGAAGGAAGGCGUGUGCCUCGCCUGCUUGCCUGCGCGCGGGGUCAACCAGGUAGCCGGGAAGAGGUGCGUCGUCACUGGCUACGGGUACAUGGGCGAGACCGGACCCAUCCCUCUGCGCGUGCGCGAGGCGGAGGUCCCCGUGGUUUCUGACAACGAGUGCGUGAGGAAAAUUAACGCGGUGACGGAGAAAAUCUUCAUCUUGCCUGCGUCGUCCUUCUGUGCCGGAGGAGAGAGCGGCCAUGAUGCCUGUCAGGGCGACGGAGGAGGUCCUCUGGUGUGCAACGUCGACGGGUACUACGAGCUGAGCGGCCUCGUCUCCUGGGGCUUCGGGUGCGGGCGGCAAGAUGUGCCAGGAGUCUACGUGAAGGUCUCCUCCUUCAUUGGCUGGAUCAACCAAAUCAUCUCUGUGAACAAUAUUUGAUGACUCCGUAGUUGUUGAAAUGUGUUAUUAUUUUUAUUUUUUUAUAUAAGUUUCUUCCUGCUCAAAUUUAUAUUUUUCGGGUAUGGGUGAUAUGAUAAAAAAAAGGUGUAAUGUCCGUCAUAUGCACAAAUUGCGUUGCCUAUUCUUUCUUCUUGUGAGAGCAAUAGUCUAAAAUGGGUGGAAAGUGAGGCGGUGUUUCGGGUAUGUCCCAGGUUAUACAAAUCUUUCUUUACGCGUACCUUGAUAAUUACACGAUAUAGGUAACACAGACACCGCUUUACACGAACAUUGGCUGGUUGGUAUUGCGUGUCCACAUGUACUCAUUCUAAUGGGUAUCUUGUACUGCGCAUAUACUAGGUUAAAUGAAAUACUACCCUUGGUUAGGCAGAUUCUAGUUUUGAUAUGAAAUUGGUUAGCACGUGGCAUAUCAAGUGUGGAACCAAUCAAAAUAACUUUUCGGUUUACGUGUAACAUGAUUGCCAACACCUUGGAUUACUAUACCUUAUUUACACGAAGACUGUAAGUACACAUACCAUGGGGUUACUUCAUGCUAUUAGUUUAUGUUCCAUUGUGUAUCUUGCACUUGUUCGGUUUUCGUGAGGCCUAUUUUACACGAGGAAGACACAGCGGACUAAUAGCUUUGUUUCCAUGGCGUGCAUUGACGUCUGCGCUGGUUGGCUUCGGUUUCGACAAAGGACGGUGCUCUUCAGCUGAGAGAACGGGAUGUUUCAGUGAUUUCAGAUGAUCCUUAACCGCCUGGAAUGUCGUGUUGGAUCUCAACUCUGGUAAAGUGGUAUAUGGCUAACUUCACACUUAUUUCCACACUAAUAAUUGAAUUUUUAAAAAAUGUUCAAAGAAAAUUCUUAUUGUAAGUUUAGAGAUCUUCAUUGUUGAGUGAAAAGGAGAAAGCUCAAACCGUGGAAAAUAUUAGAAGCCAUAAUAAUCUGUAGGGGUUAGUGAUUUUCGUUGUGUUAUUUAUUUAUCUUUAAGUGUUACGUGCCAGGACGGUGCUUACAAGACAGACCUGCUUUUCUCUGACUGUGCUCCUAAGACCGUGUUAUGUAGACGAUUUUUGAACACUGCGAAAAAAAGCAAAAAGUUGUGCCAGUGACUGCUCAGUGAGUAGUUAUUCAACAUGCCUUGAGGACCUACUGUUUAUAUGGGUAUAAAGACGAGCGACAAGACGUGGCGACGAGUACUACCGAAAAAAAGUCUGUUGCUAAAGCCUGAUAACCUGUUACUGAUGGCAGUUCCUUCCUCUCACAUAAAGGGCCUUAUCUUUGCACCAUAUGGUCUUGAAGUGGCAUUCGCGUACAGAGGUAAUUAAUACAUGUUCUCUGUGUAGUUUUUAGUUAUCAGAUCUAUAAUUCUCGGAUAGUAGAUUAGAGUAGAAGUUUGGAGAUGCAGAGGGAAGUCCCAUAUUGGAGACGUACUUUGUGUCCAUUUUACAUGUUCAUGGUAUAUGUGUGAAUAUGUUCCUCUUUUGUUUAUUUAUAUUGACAGUUCUGAAUGUCUCAAAAAUCAAUAGUCAUCAGCGCAGGUAAUUACGGAUUUUAAUUGUACAUGACUCGACUCCGACUAUUUAUUGUGUUCUAGAACCAAAGACGUGUCUUCAAAAGACAUUAUAUGUUGACGUGAAAUAAUAAAUAUUUAAGACUCUU